AUGUCGUCUACCACAGCUGGAAGCGACGUGCUUCCCCCGCUCUUUGAACCCACGCCGGUCGAGGCGGUGACCAAAGACGCACCGUACGUGCGCACGGCCGCGUGCCUGAUCAUUGGCGACGAAGUGCUCAACGGCAAGACGCUGGAUACCAACAGCAACAAAUUGGCAAAACUGUGCUUUGAGCUCGGCAUCGAAAUGAAACACGUCGAGGUCAUUCCGGACGACCAAGAGACGAUCGCCGAGUCCGCACGGCGCCUCUCGAGCAAGUACGACUGGGUCGUUACCAGCGGCGGCAUUGGCCCGACGCCCGACGAUAUCACGUACGAGGCGCUUGCCAAGGCAUUUGGAAACGUCGCGCUCGAGCACGACCAAGAGACGAUCCGCCGCAUGCAGGUGGGCACCGCGCACCGCCUUGGCACGACCAACGUCCCGGACGACGUGGUGCGUGCGCGCGAGCGCAUGGCGCUUUUCCCCAAGGGCGCCGAAGUCAUCUUUCCCACGCGCGAAUACUGGGUGCCGGUCGUGCGCGUGAACGGCAACGUGUGCGUGCUGCCGGGCGUGCCGCGCAUCUUUGAGGGGCUCCUUCUCGCAUUCCAGUCCUAUCUCAGGCUCGACCCUGCGAUGCGCAAGCCGAUUCGCUGCCUCGUCCAGGUGAACCAGCCCGAGAGCGCACUUAGUCCGCUCUUGGAACGCCUCACGCGCGACGGAAAGCAGGACGAGAUUCGCGUGGGUGGAACGCGGGCGUACACAUCUCCUUGA